AUGGGGCGCUACUCAGGCAAGACAUGCAGGUUGAUCUUCAUGCUGGUGCUCACCACCGGCUUCUUCGUGGCGGAGCUGGUGUCCGGCUACCUGGGCAAUUCCAUCGCCUUAAUCUCCGACUCUUUCAACAUGCUGUCGGAUCUCAUCUCGCUCUGCGUGGGGAUCAGCGCCGGUUUUAUCGCUCGCCGCCACACCAGAGGCGCCCGGGCAACCUAUGGCUACAGCCGAGCGGAGGUGGUGGGGGCACUGAGCAACGCAGUCUUUCUCACGGCCCUCUGCUUCACCAUCUUCGUGGAGGCCAUUCUGCGCCUGGUCCGUCCAGAGCGUAUUGAUGAUCCAAAGCUAGUGCUCAUCGUAGGGGCCUUGGGACUGGCGGUCAACGUGGUGGGUUUGCUGAUUUUCCAGGAUUGUUCCUGGUUCACUUGCCGUAGCCGCCGCCGCCGGCGACGUCUGAGUGGCAGCAAAAGGGAACCCUCUGCUGCCCUGGAUGCAGUUAGAACGCAGCAGAUGCAGCCGUCUGGACCACCUGCUGUAGUACCGGGUUCAGAUUCGACCCUCACUCUUAGGGUGGCCUCCAGCCCUCCGAAGGAGGAGAAAGCGGCGGCUCUGCAGCCCAGUGAAGCAGGUGAUUCCCUGAACAUCCAGAAUGAACCUGAAGAGAAUAUAAAAAAAGAGAAAAAGUCUGAAGCCCUGAAUAUCAGAGGUGUUCUUUUGCAUGUCAUGGGAGAUGCACUAGGAUCCGUGGUAGUGGUCAUCGCUGCUAUCAUCUUCUAUAUACGUCCUUUGGACGCCAAUGCUCCAUGUAACUGGCAGUGCUACAUUGACCCAAGCCUCACUAUUAUCAUGGUCAUCAUCAUUCUGUCAUCUGCCUUUCCACUCAUCAAGGAGACAGCAUCCAUUUUGCUACAGAUGGUUCCCAAAGGCAUCAAUUUGGAAGAACUGGUGAGCAAGCUAUCCAAAGUGCCUGGAGUUAGCAGCAUACAUGAAGUGCAUGUCUGGGAACUUGUAAGUGGGAAAAACAUUGCCACUCUUCACAUCAAGUGCCAAAAGGGCAAAGAUUACCGAGAUGCCAAUUUCAAAAUGCGAGAAAUUUUCCACAGUGCAGGGAUCCACAAUGUAACUAUCCAGCCAGAAUAUGUGGACCAAAAGGAAUCCUUGGAGCAGGAAUGGAUGCUAUUCUGCAGCUCACCCUGCAUCUCCAAAGCCUGUGUGAAACAGCUCUGCUGCCCUCCUGAAACACAACCACUUACCCAUGUCAAUGGUUGUACAGAGCCCAAUGGUUGCCCCCCAACUGCAACAUACAGAAGUGAUGGUUUAAGUCUAAAUGACACAGCUGCGAUUGUCAUUGAAGCGGACAGUGCGAGUGACAGUGGGCAAGCUGCUAAAAAGGCGCAAGGAGAUCUGGUCUUUGCCAAUAGCACACAUUUUUAA